CUAUACUAUAGUUCUAUAGUUAGUGAUUUCCGUUAAAGUUUACACAGUUGGGUGUAUCAGUAUCAGUAUUUGUUAUUAUUUUAUAGGUAUUGUUGUCUUUUGUGUCCAAAAAGAUAAUUUAUUCUAAUUUUAACAAUUCCUAAGAAAGUGUUAAUACAAUUACGUUAUGGGGAAAUCACUCACGGGGAAAACUGCCGUUAUAUUAGCGGCUAUAGCUGCUUUAUUUGUGGUGAUUGCAUUUACCACACCCAACUGGCUUGAGACUGAUGGUAAAUUGGAGACGCCUAAAUUCUUGAAAAUUGGAUUGUGGCAAGUGUGCUUCAAUGGUUUUCAAGAUAUUCGUCACUUGUAUGACACAAGAUUCUAUGGUUGUUGGUGGGUUUUUGAAGAAGAAUACUAUAUCAUUCAUGAUAUCUUAUUACCCGAUUUCUUUGUGGCUACGCAGUUUUUCUUUACUUUAUGUUUUACACUACUUCUUAUUGGUAGCUUUUUAACAGCAUUGUACACUUGUUGCUCUCGUCAUCACGAUAAGUAUCAGUUGUUAUUAUGGGCAACUGGUGCCAAUCUCACUUUGGCAGCUGUUUGUGGAAUUAUUGCAGUGAUAAUAUUUGGUGUUAAAGGAGAUAGCAGAGACUGGAUGCCUAAUUGGGAGCACAACGACUUAAGUUGGUCAUUUGCUUUAGCUGUAGUGGGAAGUUUUACAUUACUAGCUUCUGGAACCUUAUUCCUAGUGGAAGCCCGUAGAUUUAGAAAGAAGAUUGAACGAAUAUUGUAUGAUGAACAGAAAGCUCAUUCUGAAAUUUAGACAUUUUAUAUUAUAAUUUAUUUUUACAGCUAAACAACGAUUCCAUGUUUAAACGUACAAAUAUAACAAACAAUAUAACUUGUAAUAAUUGACAUAGCAAUGGAAAAUUUUAAUUGUAUACAGCUACAACAAAGAAAGCGAAUUUGUUAGAUACAGCAAUCUCAUAUAAAUAAGAUUCAGAUCUAUUCUAUAAAAAUGUAGUUUGUUCACACAAAGUAUUAUUCAUGAAUUUUCAAAGGUUUAUUAAAAUUUUAAAUAAUAUAUUUUUAAAAAUUGUAAAGAAUCUAGAGUUUAAUCAUAUCAUUAUCAACUAAUACAAGUUAACAAUUGUAUGUCCAUUUUGAAACACUUUAUUAAUUACAAUUAAGACCAAUCAAGAUCAACUGUGAGAUUAUUUGCAUGUAAUAGCUUAUUAAUUUACUUGUGUUAUUCAUGCAAAGUGACUUUUAAUGAAAAAUAAUCCGUCCAAAAUAUUAUAGUCUAAGCUAGUAUUAGAAAAGUGACUGCGAACAAUUGUAAAUAUACAUGUACAUGAAUCAUCAAGAGAUGAAUUCAUCAAGAUUAUGAAUUAAGUGCCUUUGAAAUUAAAAAAAAUGAAUUUAUAUGAAAGUUCAACCAUUUUAAUAAAAUCGUUAUUAAAUGCUUUAAAAAAGACUGGUUUAUUUUGAAAGCCUCAGCAUUGCUUCAGUAAAAAAUAAACAUGCAGUAGUAAUGUGACUC